AGGCUGGAUUUGUGGAGUUCUUCUUGGGGUGUGAAGCGAAGAUGAUAUUUAAGUCUAAGAUUAAAUGGGCUGCACUCGUGGGGCUCGUCUUUUCGUUGGUGUCUUUGUUGGUGCAUCUUCUUCUUGCCAAUUACUCGACGGCGGAGUUAGUGCAAUACAGUCCAAUGGUGGGUCUUGGUGAAGAUUUUACUCAGAAAUUUGGGAGAGAGAGCACUCGGUAUAGAAAGUUAUGGGGAGCUGUGAAGCCUCUGGAGUCUUUACAGCCGUAUGCUAAUCCCAGAAGCAGAUAUCCUGUUCCAAAUGAUCAGAACAAUGGUUUCAUCUAUGCUAAAAUUUUUGGUGGAUUUGAGAAGAUAAGAUCUUCGAUCUGUGAUCUUGUCACCAUAUCCAGGCUUCUAAAUGCAACUCUUGUCAUUCCAGAGAUUCAAGAAAGUAUUCGCUCUAAAGGCAUCAGUUCCAAAUUCAAGAGCUUUUCGUAUCUUUACAAUGAGGAGCAAUUCAUUGCUGCACUCACAAAUGAUGUAAUUAUUGUGAAGAGCCUACCAAACAGUUUGAUGGAGGCAAGGAAGAGGAAAGAGUUCCCUUCGUUUAAGCCCAAAAGUUCAGCUUCUCCAAGUUUUUAUAUCAGGGAAGCCCUGCCUGAGCUGAAAAGAGUAAAGGUUAUCGGGUUGGUGCUUACCGAUGGAGGGUGCCUACAGUCCAUCCUACCUCCGAGCUUGGCCGAGUAUCAGAGACUUAGAUGCAGGGUGGCCUUCCAUGCACUUCACUUUCGUCCAGAAAUUCAGGCGCUUGGGCACCAGAUAGUGGAGAGAUUACGGGUUUGGGGCCAGCCAUACCUGGCUUUUCAUCCUGGCCUUGUGAGAGAUACUUUGGCAUAUCAUGGUUGUGCAGAGCUUUUUCAGGAUGUUCACACUGAACUUAUACAGCACCGGAGGAAACAACUAAUCAAAAAAGGGAUAAUCAAUGAAAAAUUGAGUGUGGACUCACACAUGCGAAAAAUAAAUGGUUCAUGCCCCCUCAUGCCUGAAGAGGUGGGUCUUCUCCUCCGAGCAAUGGGCUAUCCUCCCAACACAAUAAUAUACGUGGCUGGUUCUGAAGUAUUUGGUGGUCAACGAGUCCUGAUCCCUCUACGUGCCAUGUAUGUGAACUUAGUGGACCAAACUUCUUUGUGCAGCAAGCAAGAGUUGUCCGACUUAAUUGGACCUGAGACUCCUCUUUCUCAAGAUACGUUCCAUUUUCCUCAAACCAAAAGCGAGGAGCAGCUUAUAGAAGAAUGGAAAAAAGCUGGUCCUCGUCCUCGUCCUCUUCCUCCACCUCCAGACAGACCGAUAUAUCGCCAUGAAAAGGAAGGUUGGUAUGGUUGGGUUGCUGAGAGUGACAAAGAGCCAGACCCUUCACCAAUGGACCUCAGGAUGCAAGCACACAGGUUACUCUGGGAUGCUCUUGAUUAUAUUGUAUCGGUGGAAGCAGAUGUAUUUUUUCCAGGUUUUAACAAUGAUGGGAGUGGAGGGCCUGAUUUUUCAGGCAUGGUCAUGGGGCAUCGGUUGUAUGAGAUGGCUUCUGCAAGAACAUAUCGACCGGAUAGAAAAGUUCUUUCACAAUUAUUUAACAGUACAAGUGAUCAUCUAUACCAUCCAAAGCCUAAUUGGACCCUUUCAGUGCGGGAACAUCUCAACAAAAGCUUGGGUGAGGAUGGCCUUAUAAGGGAGUCUCUCUUAUCAAAGCAGACUUCAUUCCUUUCUCAUCCCCUUCCAGAAUGUUCUUGUAGAACCCCAGGAUUUGCUGACAUUCCAAAUCCAGCAAGGGGAAGUGAUGGCCAAUUGUUGUAUGGAGGAGAAGAUGAGUGUCCCAAAUGGAUGGAGCGUGGCCUUGCAACUGUUUCCCUUAAGGUAGGCAGUGCUCAAGAGGGCAGAGUUGAUGAAAAAGAGUCAACAGAUGACGAAACAGAUUUGGAUGAGCAGCCUGAAUCUGACAACAAUGGCAGCAGGACGGAUUCAAAUCUACCUUCCGAGCAGGAUGAGGAAAUGGAUCCUGACGAUUAGAAAUAGAUGGGCAUGGGUAUAUUAUUUUCAGCUAUUGAGUUGGCCUGCAGCCUCUUUCUGGAUGAAAGUUUAGGGCCGAUGCACCAUUUGUGAGGUUUUGCUCACUUUCUGAAACUUUGAUCAUUCAGGGAAAGAAGCAUUCACAUUCAUUCAUUGUUCUAAUCAUGAACUUCAAAACCAAGAGGCGGAAAAAAUUCCUUGCUAUAGCCAUCACAUACUUCAGAAACAAGGGUUGGUGGAGUAAUCCCUGCAGUUUUGCAACAUGGUUCCUGUUCAUAGAUUCACUUAGUGGGUGCAAUGGAGGUUGGAAGUGAACUGCAUAUAUUUUUCAUUGUGGGAGCUCCAGCUUACCCUUACUUUUUCCUCUCUUCGAUCUUGUAUACAUCUUGUAUACAUCGGACCACAUCAAUUUUCAACUUAUAUGCCUGAUUUUGUAGUUCACAUCGACGGUGGAGCACCAGCAUGGGUAAGCUUCCUUUCCCUUGCCCUGAUUCCUGCCCCCAUUCCUUUUUUUUUGACCUAAAUCAUACUCAUUUGUACUAUGGUCCAGCUGUCUUUUCAGAAUCUGUAAUUUGUAUUGGCAGGUGAUAUGCUUGUCCAGUCCCAUUUGAGGACAAUUUUGUAUGAUUUACUGAUGUUUUGGCUAGUUACUAUUCUAAUUACAGCUCGAUUUUUUCA